UGGUGCUGGACGCAGCUACUUGGCAGGCUGAGGCAGGAGAAUCGCUUGAACCCUGGAGGCAGAGAUUGCAGGAGCCGAAAUCACUCUGAGAUGGGAUUGUUCCUUUGAUCCCCUUCGUGGUUGAGAACUGGAGUGGCUGCUUUCACUCAGCCUGCCACUGGCCACUCAUCUCAAAAGGGAGCAUGCAAGCAAGCAGUUGCAGGAACCAGAGGGAACAAGCCAGCAGUCACUCCUCUCUGGCGGGAGCAGGCUCUGUGUGGGGUCCGCAGCAGUGUCCAAGCCUCUGCCCUCUUGCCACCCAGGUUCUUGUCCAGCAUCCAGGAAGAAUCAGGUUACACAAAUAGAUUGAAGGGUACUGUAUGCCAAUAAUUUUAUUGGGUGAUGGCUCUUAGUGGGAUGGGAGUUGGAAAAGGGAUGGUGUAGGAAGGUGAACUUUCCCUGGAGUUAUACAGCACUUGAAGUUAGCUGCCUCUAUCUGUAGUGUCCACAAGCAGUUGCUGCGUCUCUGCUCGUUGUUCAGCAGCUUGUAUCCCUGACCAUCAGUCCCUGGGAGAGGCCUCACACAUACGGGGUCAUAUCUAUGAUGGGACACCAGCUUUAUCAGGAGCCCAUGAUGCUGCCCAAACCUGGGAUCUUUUACCUCCCCUGGGAGAUCAGUGCAGGCCAAGUUCCUGAUGGCAGCACACUGAGGACAUUUGGCAGGUUGUGUCUCUACGACAUGAUCCAGUCUAGAGUGACGUUGACGGCUCAGCAUGGAUCCAAUCAGCACCAGGUUCUUGUCUGUACCAAGUUAGUGGAGCCCUUCCAUGCCCAGGUGGGCUCCCUGUACAUCGUCCUCGGGGAGCUCCAGCACCAGCAGGAUGGAGGCUCCGUGGUGAAGGCGCGGGUGCUGACCUGUGUGGAAGGGAUGAACCUGCCCUUGCUGGAACAAGCCAUCCGGGAGCAGAGGCUGUACCAGCAGGAGCGGGGCGGCGGCCAGUAGAAACAGCAGCCCAGCAACACCCCCACCCGCUUUGGGGGUCAAACCCUCUGGAGCUGCAGGAACCCAGGAGAGCACAGACACCCCCCAGCGACGCCUUUGUCUGCAGCCCGAAAACAGAGGGGCGGGUGGUGAAUCCAGCCCCUUCCGCUACUUUGGGAUUGGCUUAGCAAUGAGAGCCCUGAAAGCAGGCCCCAAAUCUGACAGCUCCACCCUGGGAGACUGCAGGUGGCCAAGCUUGGGUGCCAGGGCUGUGCCUGGUAGGGGGCCGUGGAGGGUUCCAGAAUAUCCUGGUGAAUAAAGGCCCAGGGGGCGUGCCCUU